AUGUCGGCAUAUACCGGGAAUAUUUUCAAGGCCUAUCGGCUUUAUGAUGACGACAGUUUGGCAUUCGUGCAGGGUGUCGUUAGCGACGAGAAUGGAGGGUUUAACCCCCUUUCGGCAGUUACCGAAAAUGUCAUGGCCAAGAGCAUAGCGGUUCCUUCGCGACUCUACUACACUAUGACUGAAGAGAAGCCCCUGGCCGGCCUUCGUUUCGGAGUCAAAGACAUCUUUCACGUAAAGGGUGUCAGUACAAGCGGAGGCAAUCGAGCCUACUUUUACUUGUAUGGGCGCCAGAACCACACAGCACCAUCAGUUCAACGUUUGAUCGAUCUUGGUGCUGUCCUUGUUGGCAAGAUGGGUACCGUUCAGUUUGCCAACGGCGACCGCCCCACGGCAGACUGGGUAGAUCUCCAUGCACCCUUCAACCCUAGAGGCGACGGGUAUCAGGACCCAAGUGGCUCUUCUACUGGCCCAAGUGCCGGUAUCGCGGCAUACGAUUGGCUUGAUCUGGCUGUUGGAAGUGAUACGGGUGGCUCAAUGCGAGGUCCAGCAGGAUCUCAAGGCCUCUUUGGCAACAGACCCUCGACUGGAGCUAUCUCCCUCGACCAUGUCAUUCCUUUGAGCCCAGUCUCGGAUACAGCUGGGAUAUUUGCCCGCAGCGGUAGCCUUUGGGCCAAGGCCACGCAGGCUUGGUAUCCUGACUUUGCUUCUAAUUACACCUCUUAUCCGUCCAUUCUCUACCGCUCAACAGCGGAAAGAGGCGCCUGGUCAGGAAACAGUGUUGGUGAAGAAGCGAUGAGCAUGAUCGAUAAUUUUGUGGGCGAGCUUGAAAGCUAUUUGAAAGCCAACUCAACUCCUGCCAAUUACACGCAAUUAUGGUACGAAUCCCACGGCGAUGCACUCGAGGAUGUCAACAAGAUGCUUUUUCUCACGUACGGCGUUUUCGUCUCCCACGACCAAUGGCAGCAACUAGGUAAGCCGUUCUUCGAAGACUAUGCUGCCAAGUUUAACGGCCGCCAACCGUACAUCAACCCAGGGCCGCUAGCUAGAUGGCAGUGGGGUCAAACCUAUGCAACGGAAGACGUCUACGCCGACGCGCUUCGAAACAUUUCUGUUUUCAAGAGCUGGUAUGAGACGGCCGGCUACGGACGACAUGACCCGGAGUCAUGCUCGGAGGGCCUUUAUGUCUAUCCCUGGUCCGUGGGUGUACCAUCAUAUCGUGAUGUGUAUCUCGAGUCCCGCACAACACCUCCUCUCGGUUUCGACGAUUCUUCCGUUCCGGUCAUGGCUGGCGCUCCGGAAGUUGUGGUACCAAUUGGCGAGGUCUCGUACAAUAGAUGGCCAGGGGUUGCGACUUUCAUCUUGCGAGUCUGGUUCGAGAUUUGGAAGCGAAGGGAAUUCUUCGUCAGGUAG